UUUGUAGGUCCCUUUCCCUGGCCUUUUGUUGGAAACCAUUUUUACUUACGAAAAUUAACCCGUGUACUUGGUGGACAACAUUUAGCCUUUUUGGAGCUGAGCAAAUUAUAUAACAGCGGUGUUGUUAGCUUACAAUUAGGCGCCAGCAAAGUGAUUGUUAUCUCAAACGCUAAAUUGAUACAAGAAGUUUUAAACAAGGAAGAGUAUGAUGGGCGACCUUGGACCGAAUUUAUAAAAAUUCGAAAUUUCGGAAUGAAAAAAGGAAUUACGAUGAACGACGGUCCUGAUUGGAAGGAAUUACGCGCUUGGUCAAUACGCACCUUGAGGAGCAUUGGUUUUGCUAAACGGGAAAUGACAGAACUAAUUACGAAUGAACUUAAACUUAUAUUGGAGAGAUUAAAGGACAAUAGUGUGCAACACAUACGACCUGCGAUUGAGCCAGCUGUAAUAAAUGUUCUUUGGACAUUAGUAACAGGAAAGCCACUCCACUACGAUUUGAGAUUAAAGUUUAUGAAUUUAUUGAAUCGUCGUAUGCAAGCUUUCGACAUGGCGGGUGGACUUCUCUCUGCUUUUCCCUGGAUACGUUACGUAAUACCCAAGGUCUCAGGAUACAAACUCCUCGUUGAGUUUAAUCAAGAACUCAAGAGUUUUCUAAUGGAUAUUAUUAAUGAUCAUAAAGAACGAUAUGUCGAAGGAAGCAAAGCAGACUUUAUUGACAUGUUUCUCAGCGAGAUAUUUAAACAUGAAGACAAAAAAUCUAUCUUUACAGAUGACAAUCUUCUUGUCACAUUAGCGGAUUUUUUUAUCGCUGGAAUUAAUACCACAACAGCAACGCUGGAUUUUCUCUUUUUACAAAUGGCCAAUCAUCAGAAUGUGCAGCAGAAGUUACACAAAGAGAUCGAUGCCGUGAUCGGUUCCAACAAAUUUCUGAAUCUAGAAGAUAGAAUAAAUAUGCCUUUUACGGAAGCCAUAUUAACUGAAUGUCAACGUAUAUGGCUUGUUACACCUGUAAUUGGACCACGACGUGUUCUUUGUGAUACAACUCUCGAUGGAUACACAAUACCGAAGAAUAGCACUAUUCUGUUAAACAUUUUCUGUAACAACAUGAAUCCAGAAUUUUUUCCUAAUCCGAUUUUGUUUCAACCAGAAAGAUUUGUUAAAGAUGGUGUUUAUCAACCAGACAAAAACAUAAUAAUAUUCGGAAAAGGAAAAAGAAGAUGUCCCGGAGAAUCAUUAGCAAAAACAGCUAUAUUCUUACUAUUUGCUGGAGUAAUGCAAAGGUAUCGCCUUCUUCCGAUACCAGGUAAAGAGACUAUUGAGGCAGAGAUAGGCACAGGAUUAACAAUUGCACCAAAGCCUUAUGAAAUGUUAAUCAUUCCACGAUAAAGUAGAUAUCACUUAUUGUGUAAGUCACAUAGUAGGUAUCAUAAAGUAGUUUACAUUACAAUUUGUGACAAUGUAAGUCUUUUGGAAAAAAAAGAAAAAAGUGUGAUUAAAAUAAACAAAUCUUAUGUAGAAGAAUUUAAAAUCUGUUAUUUAAUGAUGUUUACGUGUUAUUCAAUAUUUUGUAGGUAAUGACUUGCGGCGUCUGGCUGUUUUCGUUUCUUGUUUGCAUUUUUGUUUAUGUUGGUAUUUGUAAACAUAGGCAGUAUAAUUCUUAUUUAUCAUUUCUGUUAUCUUACUAUCAUUGUUUAUUAUCAAUCUUUAUUAACCUAUCUCGAUGUCAAGACACACUAAUCGAAAAUAUGUAGACAUUUUUAUAUUUUCAAAGUCCUACAAUACAUUUCCUUUGCUAUUUAUUAGCGUUUUUGACUAAACGAUCGAACAAGUUUUUAUCCAUUCCGAAUCAAUUAUUUUAUUAUUGACUUAAAUUGACACUAUUUUAUUAUUGACUUAAAUUCAUAAUGCCUCUGGGCCUCUCCUGCGCUGUCUCUGUGGAUUCCAAUCAAGGGCUUGCCCACAGAUCUCAUUUGUGCCCAUGUGCAAGAUGUGUCCGACCUCAUUAUCCGGAUGCAAGUUUAUUUCGAGAAUUACCUUUGAUAAGAAAAAUUAUAUCAUCUAUAAAGGCAAUCGUCUGCAUGCUCUCUUCACAGAAAUCAUUUUCCAUUUGUUUCAAGAAAACGUGAAGGCACCAGUUCCAUGCUGUAAGAGAGAACUCUAUAUUAUUUUCUUUCUUUAGUUGAAUGAGUCUCUCUCUUUCUAACAUUGUAUACUGCACGCGCUGCAGUUGCCAUGCGUGCGAUAGGUCGUUGCUGCGCUACGAGAAAGCGCUAGCGCGUUGCAAUCUGAUUGGCUCAUGCCGAUGUAGCGGUUGGG